UCAAAACACAAGGCCUUCGCAGCCCCGCGAAGAAAGCGAAGGAGCCGACCGGCUAACCAGCGGAGAGUCCACGGCCCAACCGGAGCCACCGAGGAGGGAGGAAUGGAAGCCGCCGGCGCAGGCUCGCCGCCCUCGCAGCCGCCGGCGCCGCACCCGGCGGUGGCUCCGCUGGCGUUCCUUCUGGGCAAGUGGCGCGGGGAAGGAGAGGGCAGCUUCCCGACAAUCUCCUCCUUCCGCUACGGCGAGGAGCUCCUGUUCUCGCACCACCCCUCCAAGCCGGUGAUCUCGUACACGCAGAAGACAUGGAAGGCGGCGUCCGGCGAGCCGAUGCACGCCGAGAGCGGGUACUGGCGGCUCCGCCCCGACGGUUCCGUCGAGGUGGUCAUCGCGCAGAGCACGGGCCUCGCCGAGGUCCAGAAGGGUUCAUAUGAUGCUGAAAAGAAAACGGUGACACUCCAAAGCGAACUUGUAGGCAAUGCGUCAAAGGUGAAGCAGAUCACAAGAGCUUUUCAAGUAUCAGAUGGGGAGCUCUCCUAUGUCGUUCAGAUGGCAACAAUCACAACUAGUCUACAGCCACAUCUCAAGGCCCUUCUCAAAAAGAUUUGAAGAUGGCUGCCAUGCCAAUCUGCUAUAUAGCGAGGCCUCUGCUCUACCAAGAGGGUGGUUGUCCCAUUCUCCCCAUUCUGAUGUUUGAUUCAAAGUGGAAUGAGUUGAUUCAAAGUUCAAUAAGCUCUUAGAAGUUAGAAACCUAACAUCAACAGUCAUAUCACCCCAUUCUGAUGUUUCAUUCAAGGGUUAAUUGGAUCUGUGACCCUUGAUUGAUUGAAAGUGGAAUGAGAUGAUCCAUCAUUCCGUUAACAAGCUUGAGCCCCAGCGAUUCAUUUUGAUAAGUAAACAUUUCAAAGUGUUUCAGCGAAUGUUUUGAGUUCAAUAAACCGCUUAACAAUGAGGGGGAGCAGAUGAAUUGAA